AUGAUUCUAGGACUAGUGUGCCUCGCUGUUCUUGGUAUCAACGCUUACGACGUUGAAUACCAGGAGCCUCCACAGUUUACUGUAAUAACGGAAAACUUGCCGUCUUAUGCUGAACCUGAGAUGAUCUCUGACUACAGUCCAUCCCGUCAUGAACAUAAUGAUCACUCUCAAGAUUUUCACUUUUCAAGUGAAGAAUUCACGCGAGAAUAUAGAAACAGAUUCCGAAACUCCAAAAAGAAACAUUCUGUUUGCCGUCAACUAUGUCGAGAUAUGUCUAAGACAUUCGGACUGAAAUCUUCACCCCUGGGAAUUACCUUUGAUCAAAACGAUGAAACUCAUAGAAUUGUUUGCAACGAUACAAUGUUCGUGAACAACUGUGAUGUUCUGAUUUGCAAAGAACGAUCAUCAUUCUGGAUGGGAGGAGACUGUAAUGAAAUGGAUGAUGAACUCUCAGCUUCUGAUGAAUUCUGUGAAACAACUUGUACAGCGAAAGAUAGCAAGAGGAGACACGUUAGACACACUCGAUUCAAUAGAUGGGAUGACAGUUCUGAUUCUUAUGAAACAAGCUUUUCUUCCUCAGCUCAGUAUUGCGAAGAAAGAACUGUCCGAGGAAUUCCAAAACAAUGCCAUCACUAUAUGGUUUGUCACCGAGGCCUUUAUCGCGUGCGAAGUUGUCCACGAGGACGUCUGUUCGAUGAAUAUUUAGAAGAAUGUGUUCCAGAGCGGUACAGCUCGUGUGGUCAUCAUUCUCAUCCAAAACCAAAAUGUAGAGAGGGAGAGCGUAAACCACAUUCGAAAAAUUGUAAGAACUUAUUCGAAUGUAGGUUCCAGCAAUGGGUUGAACUGUCAUGUCCCACCGGAUUUGUUUAUGAUUCACCGACAAACCGCUGCGUGAGAGGUGACUGUAACGUUCAAUAUUUUCCCAUCCCACCAAGUUCCCCCGGAGUAUCAUUGCCAACGAUCCCAGCAAAGCCCAACCCAAAACCAAUUUCUAUCCCUCCAACAGUAACAGAACAUGUUCCUACAUAUGGAGUAGACGAGAAAUAUGUUGCACAAAGUUGUCAAGGCAGCUUCCGUUUGAUUGAUCAAUUUGAUUGCACUCGCUACUGGGAGUGUGAUCAGUAUCAACGUUUCGUGAGCAGACAAUGUCCACCCAUGAACUCUUUUGAUAUCGCAACGGGAUUGUGUGUUAGAGGAUUCGAUUCAUGCAAUGCUAACAGAGAAUGCAAUGCUGGUUCUUUCCAGCCAAUGGAAAAAUGUGGAGAGUUCAGAGUUUGUCACGAAGGACAAUACAUAAACGGCAGAUGUGAUUCAAACAAGAAGUUUAUCAAUGGAAAAUGUUCCCGAACAGAAUCUUGUCCGAACCCAGAUGACUAUCAACCAGCUCCCGAUAGAGAAUGUCACACGGGCAGUAUAAAACCCGUCGAGCAAGACAAAACGAAAUACCUGGCAUGUCAGUAUGGAAAAUGGGUGCAACGUAGUUGUCCUUCCGGAAUGGAGUUCUUUUGGGAUAUUCUCAGGUGCACAAACCCAUCGACCGGUCCUUCAAAUCCAACACAACCAAAAUGUUAUGAAGGUCAGACUAGAAAUGCUCUGCAAGGAAAUACUAAGAGCUGCGACACGUUUGAGGUAUGCCGAAAAGGAAUGUGGGUCGUAGAAGCUUGCGAGUAUGGCAUGAUCUAUGAAAACGGUUAUUGUGUUCGCGGAAAAUGUAAUAAACACGAUGACACAUCCAACCAAAGCUGUGUUGAAUCUGGAGGUCCAGAAGGCUAUAGAAGGGUGAGCCAUGAUUGUAGUAAAUAUUAUCAAUGUGUUCAUGGAGCAUGGAUGGAGAGACCUUGCGCACCAGGAACUGCUUGGAAUCCAAGAUUAACCGUCUGUGAUCACAAAGGCAACGUACCCGAAUGUGGUUAUUAUUAA